AUGUCUUACGCAGAAGCCGCAGCCAAGGGUCCCAAGCAGUCCCCAGAGGAGCUUUACAGUCGCGCUCCUGAUAUCAACCGGGUGUACCGGGAUGAAUCCGAGAGCACCGCCUCCCUGAUCGACGUCGACUCCCCCCACGUGCAGUCCGUGGACGCCGAUUUCCUCAACCAGGAGGUCAAGACCACGACGCAGGCCGAGCGGAUAGAGCGCGAGGAGCAGGAGGCCAUCGCCGAGCGCGAACGGAUCGAGAAGGCGAAGGCCAAGGCCAAGGCCGAGGCCAAGGCCAAGGCCAACAGCGUGCGCCGCAACAAGAGCAACCCCGUCUACCUCGGAAAUGCGGUCAUCCUGGCCCUGACCGGCGCGGGUCUGGGCUUUGGCGCAUACAAGAAGCACGCGCAGGGUAAGCUGUCAUGGCAGCUCGUCGGAUUGUGGUCCGGAAUCGUGGGCGCGGUCGGUACCGUCGACUACUUUGUCAGCAAGUGGCUUUUGCAGAACAAGUACCCUCCUAAAUAGAUGGGGCAAACGAAAACUCAAGUACUUGUCUUGCGUGGUUUGAUAACUUGAUAUCCUGAUGUUUCUUUUGGUUUCUCCUGUGUGGUUGGUUUAUAGUUCCAUAUAC